CCGCCUGGGUGGCCGGGAGCCCCUGGGCUCCGAGCAGCCGGCUCCCCACGCCCAGGGGCAGGAGCUCCCCAGGUGCCACUGAGCGGCCAUGGAGGAGUCCACGCGGCUGGGUUACUGCAUCGUGGCCGGCAGCUUCGUGGCCUUCCAGUUCUUCUUCUCGGCUGUCAGCCCCCAGCUCUCACUGGCGCUCAGUCGCCACUACUGCAGCCUGACCACUGUCAAAAAGUGCGAGUGGAACUCCAGGUGUGUCUCCACUCUGCAUGCGCUCAUCGUCGGCCUCUUCUGCCUCUACAUCCUCUUCUUCGAUGGAGCCAUUAACGCCAACCCCAUCUGGGGAGACCCAGGGCUGGGGUUAUGGGGCUGCGAGUUAGGACUGAAGGGCACUAGCAGGGCUGGGAGCCGAGGGGUGCUGCCCUAUUUCGCCAACUUCCGCCUCCUGUCCGAGCUCUCCACUCCAUUCGUCAACCUGCGGUGGUUCUUUGACACCGUGGGGCAGCCCCGCUCCUCCUGGUUCGUCCUAGCCAAUGGCCUGGCCAUGACCGUGGUCUUCUUCCUGGUGCGCAUCGCUGUCAUCCCCAGCUACUACGCCCGCGUGCUGGCCUGGUACGGCACGCCCGAGUACGCCCGCCUGGGGCUUGCCGUGCAGGUGGCCUGGAUCGUGCCCAGCUUGGCCCUGGAGGUCCUCAACCUGGUCUGGAUGUACAAGAUUGUCCGGGGCUUCUACCGGGCCUUCUGCCGGCCCCGGGAGCGCAAGUCAGCCUGCGGCCACGGUGACUAAGCGGGAGCUGGACUUCCCCAGGGGACAUGGCUGGGGGGCCCCAAAUCUCCUGGCAGAGAUGGACGAUCCACUCCAAUUCCCAUCAGAGCCCAGAGCAACAGGAAUACUCUGGCUUGGCACAUGCCGCCAGGCACCCGGACUGACCCCCACUGAGUGCCAGGCACGUGCGGGCACCUAGGAAACUCAUGGACAUCACAGACUGGCAUAUGCCCCAGGCACCCAGGAAAUCCAUGGGGCACCGGGACUGGCCCUGAACAUGGGACGUCUGGACUGGCCCAUGCCCCUGGCUGGGAGCCCGGUGGGGCCCAUCUGUGGGGCUGGCAGUACCCCUCGCAGGGGACUAAGGCUGCCCAACCACCAGCUAGGGGUGUCUUUGGGGGGUGCCUGCGUGUCCAUGCAUAAGGGGCACAGAGGCUCCAGCCAGGUGCGGGGUCCCACGGGGCAGGGGCAGAGCAGGGAGCCAUGGUAGGGCCACAUUGCAGCUUCAUGAACGGCUUCCCCAGGCCCCUGUGCCCCCUCCCUCUCCUGCAAAAAGUGGGAGGAACCCCACACUACUGGGCUGGAGAGUUGGGGGGGCAGGGCCCACCUGCACUGAACCCCCAAGGGCCAAGGGUUCUACGUAGCUUUUGAGGACACCUCUGUACCCCAGGAUCCUGCAGUCUGACCCAGGCCCCUCCCUCCCAGACGCCUCUGGGCCCAUAGCACCCCCCAACCAUAAAGCUCUGGCCCCUGCCUGACCAGACGGGGCAGCGUUCUGGGGCUGAUCCUGCUGUGGCGGGAGGAGCUGGGUGAGGAGCUGGGAGGGCACACAGGUCCCAGCAGGGGUGUUUCUAACACAGGUCAGCCCCCAGCUAAACCUACCUCUGGGGCCCCAGAAAAUGGGGUUCUAGUCCCUGCCUCUGUGCCUCAGUUUCUCUGUCUGUUAAAGGGGGACAAUGCCCCUUCAUCCAUACCUUUUCUCUUCAGAGUGGGAGCUCUUCGGGGCAAGCCUGUCCCUCACUCUGUAUCUGUGCAGUGCCCGGCACAGCCAGGGCCCCCAAUCUCAGCCUGGGCAGCUCCCAGCAUGGCCGGGGGGCCCCGAUCUCAGCCAGAUCCGGACAGUACCCCUUGAUCUCCCUCUAGGCAUUUCCACGCACCCAGUGACACUCCGAAGUAGCCUCCCUCGGCCGGUCUCACUCCAGUCGGCGCGAGAUCAGGGUUUUUGGAUGAUUUCCAGUGGAGAAUCUCAAACUACUUCUCGAUCCCUUGUUUCAUGACUGACAUUUCUGCCCUAGUGAGGAAUUAACCCUCCCCCCCUUGAUACUAAUUUAUUAACCCCAACCCCCCCACACUGGCUCACCCCGAAACCAGGCUGGACUCCGACCUCUCCGGCCACGUUUGUCUCCAGUGUCUGUCUGUCAGGGGAGGGGCAGAACCCACAGUGGGG